AUGAAUUCUCGCGCCAUUGUCCUAGCAGUUGAAAUUCAACAUCACAGAGAGUUUGUCUUUCCACCUCCUCAACAAGACAAUCCGGAAAGCAUCCUACCUCUCUUAACCCGGCAUGGAAUUCAAAGAUCUGGGAGGCCUUACCAAGGGUUUCACCUGUUUAGCGUCAACUUCUCGGUUAAAGCUCGGGGUUUAGGAGAAGAAGAUGAUUUCCUUAUUAGAAAGGCCGCCAAUCAUUUUUGGAAUACUAGCACGCGUAACGAAAAAUUGGAAUACAGCAUCCUCGCAAAGCAA